AUGCAACGCAUCACCCCAAUCACUAGAGUGUGCAGGCCUGCGAGGUUCUGCACUCAACAUCGCAACACAUCAGGUUUCCCAACGAGCAUCUCCCCCUCACAGACAGAAAUCAAGAACCGCCAGCUUUCUCCGCAGAAUUUGGAGAUCGCAAUCCGAAGUCUCCACCACGACGGCUUAGUUGUAGUGGAGAACGUCGUGCCCCACGAUGCCCUAGACCGACUAAACCACAAAAUGGUCGAGGAUGCAUGGACACUGCGGAAUAAAGAAAACAGCCCCUUCAACUACAAUCCCGGGAAUAUCCAGCAGGAUCCUCCGCCUAUUCGGAAAUACCUUGACUCUGAUAUCUUCCUCAAUCCCAUUGCUACCCAAAUAACCUCAACGGCACUAGGGCCCCGUCCAAAAUGGACCUUCUGUUCUGGAAACUCAGCUAUGCCACCUACAGCUGAAAACCCGCCCAUGUCUCAGCCAGUCCACUCUGACGCGGAUUUCGCCCACCCCACGCACCCGUUCGCCUACGUCGUAAACAUCCCACUGAUAACUAUGACUCCCGAAAAUGGGUCGACAGAGAUAUGGCUGGGAACACACACCGAUUCGGGACUGCACGUCCAGGAAGGGACGCACGGUGAGCGAGCAAGCGGGCGAAUUCAACUGGAUAUCCUAGAGAAGCGAAGGAUGAUCCGGCCGCCGUGUCAGCCUGUUGUUCCUAAGGGUGCGUUGGUCCUGAGGGACUUGAGGCUGUGGCAUGCGGGAAUAGGAAAUCAAACUGAUGAGGUUAGGGUCAUGUUGGCGAUGAUUCAUUUCGCGCCGUGGUAUCGAAACCCCAUGCGGUUGGAAUUUGCAGAGGAUUUGAAGUCCCUGGUGGAGAAUGAAACGGGCCUUGAGACUCCUGUUGACUGGGUUGCGGAGUCGGAGGCGAUGUCGCGGUAUUUGAAUAGGGGAUUUGGAAACUCGUAUGAUUUCAGUCAGCGGCCGUAG